AUGAGUAGCGAGGUCACGAAGGAGGUCCUCGCCUCCGAGAGGGUAAUCAGCCCUCCGGCGGCGGUCGCGACCUCACCGGGCUCGGUGGCCCCCGGCGAGCACGGCCGCCACCUGCCGCCCUUCAGUAGCUUCUCUGCCGACGGCAGCAUGGAUGCCUCCGCCACCCUGGGCAGCCUCCAAGCCCACGAGCUCUCCAUCGGCGCGAGCCUGAACGCCUGGGACUACUACGAGGGCCUCACCGGGCGACUAAUCGACGCCCGGGGCGAGGUCGUCCUCGCUAGCCAGUACAGGCCCUGGGAGUCGAAGCACGGAGUCGGUGGCCCCGAGGGCCUGCCGAGCUUCGCCUCGCAAUUCGCGGGCCCUGGCGAGCCCCAGGAGCCCCAGCUGACGACCCUCACGCCGCUCUCGCCGGCCUCGAUAUCGCACUCGCCGCCCGUCAGUCUGCCUAGCUUUCACACACUGGGUGCGCCCCUGCCGGCCCCGCAGCCCCAUCGGGCUGGCCCCGCAGUCGGCUACCCACUCGUCCCGGCCCCGGUACAGGCUCGUGAGCUCCCCGGCCUCCAGCAGCAGCUCAUCGAUGAGCGCCACAUUCAGCUACUGGGGGCGAGCCCCGUCCAAGCCUUUGCCGCACCCCAACCCCAUCCGGGACACCCGCAUCACGCGGUCCUCGCGGUGGUCAAGCCCGAAUAUCCCCAGUUGCACCACGCCAAUUUCCAGAAUCCGAUGUCCACGGUGCUGGACUCGUCGCCGACGUCGCGCGCGGUCGGCGUCGAUGGACGCAAGAAGGAGCGCAGAAAAAUGCGCGCCGGCUCUAUGGAGUCCGAAGACGGGGUCCAGCAGGGCCCCGGGGCCGUCAGUACCGAGAGCUCCGGGCAGGUCGCCGCUGUCUCCUCCACGGCCAAUAGGGGCGCCCAUCACAUGGGUGGCGGUAUGGGCGACGGCGAGGGCGAUGGUCCUCUUGGGGACAAGCCCGCGAAGAAAAAGAGGAAGCGCUGCGGCGAGUGCAUCGGUUGCCAGAGGAAGGACAACUGCGGCGACUGCGCGCCCUGCAGGAACGACAAAAGCCACCAAAUCUGCAAGAUGCGACGAUGCGAGAAGCUCACCGAGAAAAAGCAUUUGUAUCAUCUGCAAACGGGCGAAGGAGCGUUUCGAGAGCGAGGAAGAGGUCGAGGCAAGGGUGCAACGAGGAGUUAUCGGAAAAUCGCCCGACAAGUAAGUACACCGGACAGUACACCCACGGGUCUUGGUAGCCCCCAAGCGGCCAUUGGCGGAUUACAGACUCAUCAGCAGCAGCAACAACAGCAACAGCAGCAACAGUCGCAACAACAGCAGCCUCAAUCGCAACAGCAGCAACAGCAACAGCAACAGCAACAACAACCACCGCAGCCGACGCUUCACGCCGAUCCAAUGCAGCAGGCCAAGGAUAAUCUAAAUUCGGCUGCGGCCCAGCAAACUGGACCAUUGCGGAAUGGCAACGCCGUGCCGCCCGUCGUCUCAAUGUCACCGGGCGUGAUGCCGUUCUACGGCGAUGGCGGAGCCGGUUUCCGUCCUGCGACCGGCUUUGGCAACACCGUCUGGCACCAGGGCGUCUCACCCGUAGGCGCAGUCGCCGUCGACACCGCGCCAACCGCCUGGCCGCCCCAGCAGUUCAUCCAACAGAUUCCCGGCCCCAACCAAAUAGAGGAACUGAGAUACCAUCCGCAGUACGCAACCGCCACGCCGUACCAUCCACAAACAGUCACGUAUCAGCAGCAGACCUUCAUUACGACGGAUCAAUCCGCGUUCCAGCGCGCUGGAACAACGGGACAAUACGCAAUCACUGGGCAGCCCUCGCCUUUGACUCCGGUCGCACCGCAAACUGCAGCCGCGACACCCCAGAGGCCUUUGAACGGCCAAUUCAUAGAUCCUGCCGUGACUGCGGGCCAGCCGGUGGCUUACGAGAGGCAGGAAUACGUAAAUGGCUAUCAGCAGCAGGAUAUAACGAUGGCCCCGCCAGCUGCCACAACGCCCAAUAGUCGCAGUAGCUCAGUCCACAUGGAGGCCCAGCAACAACCUCAACAAGUGCAAAAUCAAGCGGCUCAAGUUGCACAACCGGGGGACACGCAGGUCAAGGGCUUUGCGACUAUUGCCGCGAACAGUGUGUCGGGAAACGAGAUGCCUGGGUAUCCACUUCAACCGGGCCCGCAGAGUUUACACAGCUCUAACGGAUACCCAGGCUACGUAGAAAUGGGCCAGCAGCAGCAGCAGCAGCAGCAGCAGCAGCAACAACAACAACAAUCGCAUAAUCAGUGGCAGCAGGUUUCCGAUGCUAAUCAGCAGCACAUUUGGUCCGAGACGAAUACCAGUGCCAAAAUACGGACGAUCAAUAACGUAUUAACUUGGUCUGAUGCGAGCAUGCAGCAGCAGCAGCAACAGCAGCAACAGCAGCAACAGCAACAGCAACAGCAACAGCAACAACAACAAAACAAUUUGAAACAAUCCAACGAGCAACAGCAAAACUUAACGAUACAAGCGCCUCAAGAAAUUUCGAGGCCGGCCAGCCACAUGAGCUGGGAGAACGGCAGCGUAAAAGAUCAAGCGCCUCAUACUCCACAGUCUUGGCCGGAGAAUAUGGAUAGUCAAUCAACGCCUCAACAGCAAGGCAGUUGGCCUCAACAUAGUCCCAGUUUGAGGGAUAAUCCAAAUUCACGAUUAACGCCUUCCGCACAACAACAACAACAACAACAGCAACAGCAGCAGCAGCAGCAGCAGCAAGGCUGGCCACAACACUCUCCAAAGAUCCCCGAUCAUCAAAACACAUCGCAAAAGAGUGCGAGGAUGACACCCGGUCCUGUACAGCACAACUGGCCCCAAACUAGUCCUGAGAUUCAAGCGCAGCAGAACGCUAAUCAACAAAGUUCCCGAUUGACGCCUUCCAAUCAGCAAUGGCAGCAGCAGACGAAACUCGAGCAGAACCCCAGACUGACUCCUUCUAAUCAAAUGUCUUGGCCGGAUACGCCAACUAGUCAACCAAAUUGGUCGCCCAAUAGUAUGAAAAGCGAUGGUAGUCAACAGCCGCAGCAGCAAUGGCCGGAUUCACAGCCGAGUCCGAGAAGGACGCCGAGCCAUCAGUCGGCAGCUUGGCAAAAUCAAAAUGCUCAGGAUAAAAUAGAGAGCCAAAUGAAUUGGUCGCCAAAAUCGGAGAAUCAGGCCAACUGGGGACAGCAGAAUACGAAGCAGGAUAUGCAGAAUUCUGGAGAGAGACUCGUGUGGCAGCAGCAAAACGCAGCGGAAAGCAAUAAACCAAAUGGUUAUGUGGAUGGCCAAGAUUCGCAGGAUAGCUUAUACGCUCAGUCGAAUCGCGUCAACUUGAAUAGCCGAUUAAAGUCUAUGAUUUUGAAUAAGCAGCAGCAACAGCAACAGCAACAGCAACAGCAACAUCAGCAGGAGCAUCGACAAGUUCAUCAUCAAAUGCCUUCCCAACAUUCGAACAACAGCGACGGACCCAACGGGGAUAUGUCGGCUGACAAUAGAUUGCGCGAGUCGCACGAGAGUUCGGACAAGUUGCAGGAGAAAAGAAACGAACAAUACAUGAAUCAGUCGGGGCUCAUGUCAAUGAGCCAAAAUAACGAAUCAAUGACCGGUAAUUUUUUAUUGCAUAGCCACCACCCUCGGGCCAAUAGUUUGCCCGACGGUGGUGGCUUAUGGGAAUGGUCAGAAGGAGAAACGACUACUAGAUUAAAUGCCAAUGCCUUAUCAAAUCACGGAAUAUCGAGCAUUAAUAGUUUAAUGAAUUAUAACACUGCGCAUAAGAUGGAUAAGGGGCUGAGUGUCGGUGGUAGGGAUGUAGGGUCAGAAAGGGGCAAAGAUAAGUGGAAUGCCAGCAGAGGUCAGGGGAGUCGAUCUAUCGACGACAAGAGCUUUCGAGAAGCGUUGUGCGUCGACAUUAAUAUUAACAAGAAGAGCCGUGACCGAAUGGGCGAGCUGAUUUUCGCGCAAUCGUCCAUGAUGCCGGGGCACGAGCGAGGCGAGUCGAAAGCACCGGAAAGUACGCUUGCGGACGUGCAAUAUGAUUCGAGGCAAAAAAUUAAGCAAGAAUACAAUUGCCCAGUGUCGGUGGGAGAAGCGCUGGACGAGGAGCGCCUCACGCAAGUCAUAAAGCUGGAGCCUGACAAUGGGAGGGAGAGGGACGAGUCGAGUUACAAAUUCCGAGGUGACGGGGGUCCGGCGAAAAUGUCGCCGAGCGUGGGCUCCUGGUGUUGCCGAAGAGGCGGUACGGAGCAACCAACGCCCGAACACUUGCGCGAGGGAUGCUGUCAAGGUCUUCAGACGAGGGACGAAUUCUCAGAGGAUUCGUCGGAAAAGUCGGAUGUUAAAAACGAGGAUCCGAACAGUCCACGCGGCGCGAGCGCUACGGCGACAACCACCAGCACGACAAAGUUGCAAGAGCAUUUGGAAAAUUUGAAGAAUAAUGUCAGGACGGAAGUACCGGACUGCGAUUGCUUUCCCGCUGACAAAUGUCCGACGGAGCCUGGCUCGUACUACACUCAUCUUGGUGCAGCAGCUAGUCUACGUGAUCUUCGAAACGAUCUAGAGAGAAGAACAGGUCUCAAAGGAAAUGCCUUAAGAUUCGAGAAGGUGAUCUAUACGGGAAAGGAGGGAAAGACGACACAAGGUUGUCCUAUGGCUAAGUGGGUGAUUCGACGCUCUAGCAUCGAUGAGAAGAUUCUAGCGGUGGUUAAAUAUCGCCAAGGGCACAAAUGUCCGACGGCUUGGAUUAUUAUAGCAAUGGUGGCUUGGGAAGGGGUACCGAAUCACGAAGCCGACAGGAUUUAUUCCUUGCUGAGUCAUAAGCUUAGCCGAUUUGGUCUACCAACCACGCGAAGAUGCGGGACGAACGAGCCGAGAACCUGCGCUUGCCAAGGUCUUGAUCCUGACACGUGUGGAGCUAGUUAUUCCUUUGGAUGCUCUUGGUCUAUGUAUUAUAAUGGUUGUAAAUACGCAAGAAGUAAGACUGUGCGGAAAUUCCGAUUGUCCGUGCGAUCAGAGGAGCAAGAGAUUGAAGAAAGGAUGCACGUAUUGGCGACCCUAUUAUCACCGCUGUAUUUGAGUCUGGCGCCGGAAGCCUUCAACAAUCAGACGCAGUUCGAACGGGAGGCCAGCGAGUGUCGAUUGGGCUUCAAACCGGGAAGGCCAUUUUCCGGCGUCACGGCGUGUCUCGACUUUUGCGCCCAUUCGCACAGAGAUCUUCAUAAUAUGAAUAACGGCUGUACAGCGGUUGUAAGCCUAACGAAGCACAGGACAUUAUCGAAGCCGGACGACGAGCAGCUGCAUGUGCUGCCAUUAUACAUAAUGGACGACUCGGAUGAGUUUGGCUCGAAAGAUGGACAGGAGGCGAAAACAAAGUCCGGCGCGAUCGAGGUCUUCACCAAAUAUCCUUGUGAAGUGCGCGUCCGAUCGGUACCAUUGCAGCCCUGCAGGCGCCACGGGAAGAAAAGGAAGGAAGACGAGCCCGAGGCGGCCAGUAAUAAAAAAGACACCAAGAGCCCAGCGGAGAAGCAGCCCGUUGACGCGAGCAGAGCAUCGACUUACCAGGACACCGCGAGGGCCCCAUUAAGAGAUGCGCAACUACCCCCCGAAAUGGCAUCGAUGCUCGACGGUAUGGACGCUCAGCUACAAAGCUCCCAAGUUUCGUCCACCGUCCUCGACAGCCCCGUGUCGAUGUACCAAGGCUGGAAUUACCAAAACGAGCAACAGUGGAGCCGACAAGGCUGGCUCGAUCAGAGAAAAAACACCUGGAUCAAUCCGUGGAACGAGUACGGGCCCUUCGUACCUCUAGAUCGCGACGUGAAGGUCGACCCGGACAGCACGAGCCUCGACGAAACGAGGCCGCGCAGCACCAUAUCCCAAGACGAGUACAAAAUCGCGGCACCGAAGAGCCUGCAAAACCAGAGCGGCGAGUCACCGAGGGCCAGCCAUUACAGCCACUCGCCCAGAAGUACCAACAGUAGUAUCGUGUCACCACUCCGGGGCUCCAUGCCGAACACACCGGCCGAGCUCGUCUACUCCACGCCGCCACGAGUCUGCCCCUCGACGCCACAAGACCAGGGCACCGUGUCCCCGCGGAGCUCCGGCUACUCCUCAGCACCGAGCGACUUUAAUCUUUCGACGCCCUCGCCCCGCAAUUACCAGACGACAUCGGACAGCGGCUCGACGAGCGUAUCGCCCCGGACCCUCUAUCAAAAUUCCUCAUUCAAUAUGGAGAGCCCGCAGAGGGCUACGCCAUCGAGAGGUGCCCAGCACACGUCCACGCCAAUCGGCUCCGACGGCUUCCGUAGAAAUCAGUCCCCCGGCACCUGCCACCUUCACCCCACUACCGCGCUACAUUCGUCCGACGGCUUUGGCCCCGGGCACGUCCCGCCACGCUAUCUCAACGAGCCCAGCCAGAGGAUUCACCAACACAAUCACCUCGAGACGCAAGAGGCUAAAGCCGCGACGGCCUCGAAGCUCCUGUUGCCCUAUCCGUCGCAUCACCAAGCCUCCCCCCAGACACCAAGAGUGCCCGAUUACGCGGCUGGUAAUCCGAGCUGCAACGCCAUGCCCGGCCCGCUAAGCACCGACUACCUCCUGAACAAUCCUCUCCACGUCCAGUCACUGGCCAAUCAGAACUACGAGGCGGAGCGCGAGAGUAUGGCGAGCCACGCCACCGAGCCCAAAAGGAACCUCAAUAAUAUGCCGCGCGGAUCGGUCCACGUGAAUUAUUCGCCAGCCUCGAGCGAACAGUCAAACUGGUGCUCUCUGAGCUCGUGGGGGGGCGGCGAGGCCGUGAAAAAGCCCGGGCGAUCACCGCAGCACAAUGCUCAGACAGGCAUCGGGGCCAAAUUCGAGUUUACGAGCGAAUCUAAGCCAGGCUCGUCCUGGGACGAGCGGCUCUCGCACACGGACGGUACGACUAAGUCGCCCUGGGAGGCGACCUCCGAAGCACCAUCGCCGUUCAGAGUGCCAAAGGGCCGACCGCCCUCGAGGACUACGCCAAAUCAAAAUAUGCCGCCUACCGAUCCCGCCACCGUCUACAGUUCGAUAUCGCGAACAUUCCUGAAGCCUCAGGAGCCUAACCGGAAUAACCUUUUCAUGGAAAGUCAGAGUGGCAAGGGUUGCGCGAUCGGCCAGCAUAAUCCCGGAAAAUCCGCAUGGUCGACGGAUGACAAAUUAUUAAGAGAAGGUUACCAAGAGGCCGCGAGACAAGAGCCGCCCAGCCAAAAUCCGGGCCUAAGCUGGACCGAGGCCGAGAUGAAGCAGGUGCAGGAUUUCCACGCGAUGACCGGCUUGCCUCACCCCAGCUUCCCGCAGUACGGCUACCCGUCCUACCCCACCACCGUAUUCGACAAAACGUACGCGAACACAUGGGAUGGCUACGGCUACAAUCCCCAUCACGCCUAUCAUCCCCAAGCGACCGAUUACCCGACGCCGCAAUUCUACCAGCAGCCCAAGAGAAAGGCCUGCUUCCCGGCCACCCAGUACCCCUUCCAGAACGUCGCUCCGGCUUACCAAGGUCUGAACGGGGGCUGGGCACGCUGGGAGUCGGCCGGCUGUACCCGAUGGGACCUUUACGCGCCACCUUCGUACUUCCCGGUACUGGCGGAACCCCCGCCGAAAGCCGAGCCCCUCGGCGAGGUCGCUGACUACACGGACAACGAGGAGUGCUUCAAGGACUCGCAGAUGGGCGGUGUGGCGAUCGCCCUCAGCCACGGCAGCGUCCUCUUCGAGUGCGCCAAGCACGAGAUGCACGCGACGACGGCGCUGAAGAGGCCGAACCGUGUGACGCCCGCGAGGAUCAGCCUCGUCUUCUAUCAGCACCGCAACCUCAACAGGCCCAAGCACGGCUGGAACGAGUGGGAGGAGAAGAUGCGCCUGAGGAAACUCGGCGUGGCAGCAUCGAGCGCCGGGAGCACCGCCACCUCCCAAACGGCCUCGAGCACGCCCUCGAGCCCCGCGACCUCGGCAUCCGCCGUCGACGCCCCCCUCGUCGUCCCCCACGUACCGAAUGUGCCGAGCUCCCAAUUCAUGAUGAGGUCGCCCACGUACACGACUAUGACUUGGACGACCCUCUUCCCCAUGCAUCCCUGCAUGAUAACCGGUCCAUAUCAGGAAGGCGGGGCAAUCGGAUGAUUAUCAGCCUUAUCGAGCUAGCCAAGAGCCCCUGCCAAGCCGAUGAUUAUCAUCGGCCUCUAAUCGCGACGUCGACGAUACGUCGUUGAUUGUACGGGCGGAGCUGGU